CAGCAAAAGUCGUUUUAAAAACAUUAACAAAAGAGCAAAAUAAACAGUAUAAUUAAAAGAGUUAAGAAAUAGAAUGAAUAAACUCCUAUAUAUCUAUGAACAUAUUUAGUGUACAAAAAUAACAAAAAUUACAAAAAACAAAAAACUGAUACUACUACUUCUACAAGGAAGAAGUCCUACCAAGACUGCUACUAUUGUUAUCAUCAUCAUUAUUAUUAGUUAUCAGAACAAAUACUCAUAAAACAAAUCCAUUUCAUUAUGGUAACACAAAUGUAAUGCUAGGGAAUAAAAUAAGGAAAGAAGGCAAAAGAAAGUGUUUCCAAAAAGACAUUGAUACAAUUUCAGAGUUUAUCAAAUGCGUACAACGGUAAAGAAAAGGGUAAACACGUAUAUUCUGGUAGCAAAAAAAGAAAAAAAGAAGAAAAGAAAAACGCAAUCUGUGAAAUUAAAACAUGUAUUUUGUAUUUCUGACGUGCUACCGGAAGUCAAGAAUGACGUGUGACGUGUUUCCGUCAUCAUGUGAGCCCUGCUCUCACAGGAGCAUCAACUGCUCAUCGAUAUCCCAGUUUCGAAAGGUUUCAUAACAUGUUUUGACAGGCCUAACUUGCAUAUUUGUUUCCCUAACCGAUACGUGUUCAUUACUACCGAUGUGGUAUUUAUAAUAUUUGUUUUAUAUGGCCAAGCCUGAUCGGGGAAUUAAAAUGUAAUGUUAGCUACCGAGCCAGGUAACGCUAUGUCUGCUUUAGCUAGCUUUUAAUGUCACUCAGGUUGCAUGUGAGCGCAGAGGCCGUGUGUACCGCUACACCUACUUAAUAACAAUGUACCCGUCCUGGGGUAAUUUUGGUGGAACCCAGUCACAAAACUAUGGAGGGUCUGGGCCCCGCAAACAACCUGGCAGCGGUCAGUCCGCGGGGUUCGGCGGCUUCGAGCCUCCAUCCACCGGCUCGAUGUUCUCCAACCUGCAGGAGCAGCACCUCCAGCAGAUGCAGCAGCUCCAGAUGCUGCACCAGAAACAGCUCCAGUCUGUGUUACACCACGGCAGCAGUGCUAACUCGUACGGUGCUGGACACUCAGUUGGGUAUUCAGGGACAUCAUGGCACCCAGAAGGAGUAGGACAUUCAGACAGCGGGUUUGGAGCUCAGUCGUACAGUCAACAAGUCGAGCCUCCUGGUCAGCCCACCAGAGACCUCACUGCCCCUCAGCAGGCACACACACAGCCUCCCCCGCCUCCACCGCAAGUCAGCGAGCCCCAGCCGGGUCCUCCCCCUCCAGAGCCCCCGUCAGUAAAGCCACCUGAGAACAGCGGAGCUCACAAAAAAGACAAGAAGAAACAGUCAUCCACAACAGAAGUAGACAAAUCCUUACCUUUACAGGAUCAACAGCAACUUUGGUACAAACAACAUCUUCAGAAUCUGCAAAAGUUAAAACAAGAGAGAGCCAGAAAGAAUCAGAAAGAUGGCGAUGGUCCAGUGCCACCAUCCCCCUCAGCAGUUCCUCCUCCUCCUCCAUCAGAACCACUGAAAGGCUUACCACCUCCACCCCCUCCAAAAGAGGACCCCCCAGUACCACCUCCACCUCCUGAGGAGUUAAGGAGAGAAAAUGUAGGAAAAUCGCCUACAGUUACAGACACACCUGAGGUCCCAAAAGACCCAGAGGAGGCUGCACGGCUCCAGCAGUUACAGGCUGCAGCAGCACAGUGGCAACAGGUUCAGCAGCAGAGAGCCAGUUUACAAUACCAGGCUCUGAUGCAACAGCACGAAAAGCUUCAGAACAUCCUGGAAAAAUACCAACAGCUGAUUCAGCAGCCUGCAAACCUACAGGCAAUGUCUGCUGAAAUGCAGUUGAGGCACUAUGAAGUUCAACAGCAGCAGUUCACACCCUUAUUCCAAGACUGGAAUCACUCCUUCGUCCUGUGGCAUGAACAGUUCAAGACCUAUCCCCACAAAGACCAACUGCAUGACUAUGAACACCAAUGGAAGCAAUGGCAGGAGCAGAUGCACGCCACCAAUGCCCACCUUCAAGAAAGGAUGGCCACUCUCACGGCCAUGGUGCCAUUUGCCUCAAACCAGUAUAGUAGUGAGAUGAUGGGACAAUAUGGCCAAUACCCUGGACAAGAUGUGCAAAUGCAGCAGCAGUCAGGAACACCAGGUAUGCAGCAUUCCUCUGCUCCCAUUGGUCCUAGAUGCCAAGGUCCGCGGCCCACUGGCUUUGGGCAACAUUCAGAAUCACCUACAGGACCCCCUGUAAGAGGAGGUGGCUCUGUGGGCUUAGUCAGACCCCCAGGCCCCACAACCAUUCAGCCACAAGGCUUUAACAGCAUUCAAGAUCCACGUGGAAACAAUCCAAGAUUUGACCAGCCACAGCAAGGUUUUGAUGGUCCUCCAAGAUUUGACCAGCCACAGCAGCGCUUUGAUGGUCCACCAAGGUUUGACCAACUACCGCCAAGCUUUGAUGGUCCCCCAAGGUUCGACCAGCCACAGCCACGUUUGGAUGGCCCCCCUCCGUUUGAACAACCAAGGCACCGCUUUGAUUGUCCACCCAGAUUUGACCAACCACGGCACCGCUUUGAUGGUCCUUCUAGAUUUGACCAACCACAGCAACAAUUUGAUUGCCCCUCCAGAAUUGACCAACCUCGAUUUGGACAACAGCCUAGGGUUGAACAGACCCCAAGGCACCCUGUCCCCCCACCUUGUUUUGAGCGGCCACCUGUGCCACAGAAAAUACAACAGCAAGGCCCCCUUCCAAAGGCAGAACCAACCACUAAGCAAUUUGCCAGUAUGGAAACUAAGACUCCAAGAAAAUCAGCCGGGCAGUCACAGUCUGACAAAGAUGAAGGUAAAUUGGAACCAGAUAAAAAGGUAAAAGUUGAGGAUCUGACAGAUGACAACUUGCUUGGAACUGAGGGCUUUUUUGUCCAAGAUGACCCCAUUCCUCAGACAUUACAAACAAACACAAAAACUGAUGGUGAAAAUGCUUCUAACAGUUGUGAAAAUACCAAAACAGUGAACAGCAAGCCUUCUGUGUCUGCGCCUUCUUCUGUGGGAUCCAUAAAUAGUGCUGCUCAAAAUCCCCUCAAACCAGAUGGACCACCGCCUAGCAAGAAACCUCUUCUAGUUCCAAACCCCUCUGGAAUCAAACAGGAGCCACAAGCUGCUGAAGAAAUGCGGUCAGGACCCGAUCCUCCAAGGCCUCCUCUUGGUAGGGGACGAGGCCAUACCCAAGGGCCUGUUAAAGCACAUGGAAGAGGACUUGGGCAGACGGGCUCUGGUGAGUUCAAGGGAUCAGUCACUUUACCGCUUGGGGAAACAAUAGGAGAUGAUGGGUCCUAUGAUUGCAUGCCACAUGAAGAGGACUUGGACCUGCCAGAAGAGCAGGAAGAAUAUCACUGGCAAGAUCCUUCAUAUGAGGAGUAUGGUGGUGAGGAAUCGGAGGUACCUCAUGAAGAAAUGUGGAUGCCAGAGGAAAAUUACUUCCCAACAGAGGAAGAAUAUUAUGAGGAGCCAAUAGGUGGACCCCCUAUGGGGAGAGGAGGGCCCCCAAUGAUGAGAGGAGGGCCACCUAUGGGAAGAGGAGUCCCACCAAUAGGCAGAGGUGGUCCUCCUAUGGGAAGAGGAGGUAUUCCUAUGGGUAGAGGGGGACAUAUGGGUAGAGGAGGACCACCUAUGGGUAGAGGAGGACCGCCUAUGGGUAGAGGAGGACCGCCUAUGGGUAGAGGAGGACCACCUCUGAGUAGAGGAGGACCACACCCAAUGGGAAGAGGAGGUCCUCCCAUGGGAAUGGGAGGUCCACCCAUGGGAAGGGGAGGUCCCCCUAUGGGAAGAGGAGGACCACCAAUGGGAAGAGGAGGACCACCCCCAAUGGGAAGAGGAGGUCCAUCUAUUGGAAGAGGUGGGUCAAUGGACAGGCACUGGGAGGAAGCUGAAUCAGUGGAUUACUCAGAGGAAGGGGACCUUUACUGGGAAGAAAGGAGACCUCCAAUGAGAGGCAUGAGACCUCUGUUUCCACCUGGCCGGGGUCGUCCCCCACGUGGUCAUCCUGGUUUCAUGCACCAAGGACGAGGACGCCCUCCUCACCCAGCACAUGGCCCAAUGGAUCACAAGGCAUUAGGCUAUGAAAUGGACACUGAUGAUACUGAAAUGGAUCCAUCAGUGCAGCCCAUAUACCAUGGGCAUGACCCUCAUAGCCAUUUGAUGCAUCCUGAUGUCGGAAGAGGCCGGCGUCAUAUGCCGCCACCACCACCACACCAAAUGAUGGAUCCUAUGGAGCAGGAGCCAUUCUAUGAUGAAGGAAUGGAGGGAGAUUUUGGCUGGCAAACACCACAUGGGAGAGGUCCUCCUCUGCCUCCACAUGAGACAGUAGAUUCAGGCGGAAUAAGGAGGAGACCUAUGGGUCGAGGAAUGGCCCGAGGCAUGUGGUGGCCAGGUCCAACACAUGAAGAAUAUGCGGAGGGAUAUAAAGAGGGUAUUGUUCAGGAUUAUGGUCAUGGGGAAGGUGGGUUUCGCUGGCGGCCACCACAGGACUAUCCCCCUGAUGACUAUCAGCAUGAGGCCAAGCACCAUGAGGCAGAAUGGGACAGAGAGCGCCCUCCUCCUGAGAGAGACUAUCCACCCCGCAUGCCACCAUCAGAACCCUACAGAGAUGGAAAUUGGCCAGAGGAAAGAGAAAGAGGUCCUCCAUAUCCAUUUGAUGAGCGUGACAGGGGAAGAGGAGAAUUUAUAAUCCAUGAAUAUGGAGAUGAGCCCCCGUACCGACAGGAAGAGCCACCAUACCCACCACCGCCUUCAGAAAGGGAUAGGCCUUCAAGAUUUCCUCCACCCCCAGAGAGAGGGUACCCUGCUAACUAUGAUGAUCAAAGGGCUCGCUAUGAAGACCACAGGGAAGAACAUUCUCUGGAUAAACCUUUACCUUCUGUUACACCUAUCACAAACUUGCCAGAGAGCUCAGUUGAUCCAGCAGCACAGGGAACGAGUGGAGCAAAUGUACUUGCUCUUUCCCAAUAUCAGCAUGAGAUCAUCUUGAAAGCUGCUCAAGAACUGAAACUUAUGAGGGAACUGAAGGAGGGUAAAACAACCGGUAUUGAACCUCAGCUUCCACCAACUGAUGUCGUGCCUGAGCUUCCCGCUGGUCUUCUUGGUUUGGAGAUCCCACCAGAAGUCAGGAAUGUUCUGAAGGGCAUGACUGCUGCAAAGACUGCUUCAAAUGAGUGUGUGUCUUGGGACACGCAGUCUGCUACCACAGAUAAUCAUCCAUCUCUCUCUUCUGCAUCUACAACUACGGUGAUUCCAAAGACUGUGGAUUAUGGACAUGGGCAUGAACCUGGUACCACUGUUGAGCGGAUCUCUUAUGGUGAAAGAAUCGUGUUGAGGCCUGACCCAGUGGCUUCAGACAGGGGAUAUGAAAAAGAACCUCUUGGUCCCAGAGAUCCUUACAGCCGAGACCCAUAUUAUGACAGACGAUCUGACCCCUAUAUGGCUCACCGGGAGUACAGUAGAGAGAGGGAAUUAUACAGAGAGAAGCUUCCACCUGAAUAUGAAAGAGAAAGAUAUGAGAGGGAGCGCUAUCCCCCACAAGAGAGGGAUGAAAGAUCUCCACUGGCACCUCAUUUACGCUCAGGAUACAGGGAGAGAGAUCGGGAUCUUCGAGAGAAGGAUCGAAGUAUCAGUCGUGAUCGAGAUGAACAUUAUGGAAGGUCUAGCUACGACAGACCACCAUAUGAGCGCACUGGAACCGACCGUAGUGGGCCUGAACGUUACAGCCAUAGCUCCUCACCUUAUGCGGACAGAAGGAGUUAUCCAGAGGACCGAGGACCUCCCUCUGCACCACCCCUCCCACCUCCACCUCAGCCACCUCUAAGAGUUGAAAAGAAGCCAGAAAUCAAGAAUAUCGAUGAUCUUCUAAAACCACCUGGCAGAUCAUCUCGACCUGAAAGGGUACCAGUUAAUGUUAUUGUUAUCAUAAUGAGAGGGCUUCCAGGAAGUGGAAAAAGCCAUGUCGCAAAACUAAUUAGGGACAAAGAAGUCGAUUGUGGCGGUGCGCCCCCAAGAGUUCUUGUUUUGGAUGACUAUUUCAUGACGGAAGUAGAGAAAGUCGAAAAAGACCCAGACACAGGGAGAGGGGUUAAAACCAAGGUUCUUGAGUAUGAGUAUGAGCCAGAGAUGGAGGAUACCUAUCGGAGCAGCAUGCUUAAAACAUUUAAGAAAACUCUGGACGAUGGCUUUUUCCCCUUCAUCAUUUUAGACACUAUUAAUGACAGGGUAAAACAUUUUGACCAGUUCUGGAGUGCAGCCAAAACAAAAGGCUUUGAGGUGUACCUGGCUGAAAUUACUGCAGAUACUCAGACUUGUGCCAAGAGAAAUGUCCAUGGACGAACCCAUAAAGAUAUAACAAAGAUGUUGAGCAACUGGGAGUCUUCACCACCUCAUAUGGUGCGCCUGGAUGUCCGGUCCCUACUACAGGAUGCGGCUAUAGAAGAGGUUGAAAUGGAAGACUUCAAUCCUGAUGAUGAGCCCAAGGAUCCCAAGCGAGAGGAAGAAGAAGAGGGUGAUCUGGGCUACAUUCCUAAAAGCAAAUGGGAGAUGGACACAUCUGAGGCAAAACUUGACAAAUUGGACGGUCUGAGGGGCAGUGGGAAGAGGAAACGUGAAGACAUGGCAGGACUGGACGACUACCUUCAGCUGCCAGACGACUAUGCUACGCGCACGUCUGAACCAGGAAAGAAAAGGGUGCGAUGGGCUGAUCUUGAAGAGCAGAAAGAUGCAGAUAGAAAGCGCGCUAUCGGCUUCGUGGUGGGUCAAACGGACUGGGAGAGAAUAACGGACGAGAGCGGACAGCUGGCACAAAGAGCUCUCAACCGCACCAAGUAUUUCUAAGAAGAUAAUCUUAUCCCUCUUUUAUCCCUUCAUUGAAAGGUGACCAGAAUGUGAAAACACUGAAGCUUACAUGAGAUUUGUCAAGGUGACAUCAACAGUAGUUCAACAGUUACUCAGUAGUACAACAGUAAAUUCAUACAGAAUAAAUUAGGGAUACAGUGCAAUUUAUUUCUUAAAAAGGCACUCUGUUUAUUAGAUUUGCAGUUUAUGAUUGUGUUCCUCUUCUUCUGGUCAUAUAUCCUGUAUUCCUGCUGUUUUAUACUCUUCAUGCUUUCUGUACUGUAAACCUGUAGCACUGUCACUUGAUCCUUGCACACUUGAAAAAAGACAAUAAAAGUUUCACAAAAUAAUCUA